UUCCAGGUUGCGGUAGGCAUGCCGGUCCCGGCGUGAGAUGGACGGCAUUCAGAUGGAGCCUGUCGGCAAGUACAAGCCAGACCGCAACGGCUCAGCUAAGGCAGCUGCCUGGCGAAACAUGGUGGAUCAAGACUUAGACGAUGUCGCCUUUCUGGCCGACACAGACAAAGCGCGCGAGGCACGCGAGCUCCGCGAGGCACCGGUCGCGGUGUGCUCACAGCGGCGCGCGCUUUGCCUCGCGGCCGUCGUGCUAGGCGCUAUGUUCGCGAGCGCUCUGAUCGUUGUAUACGCGAGCCCUCAACCUGAUUGCCCCUGUCUGGGUGAAAACCCUCUGAUUCCCGGAGCGCCCACGGCAGGCUCCGAUGCCAACGCAGCUGCUGCUAAUAAAGACCGCAUAGCGACGAACGGCGCCGUUUUCCCGUGGCGCGGCGCCCGGCUGCCGACGUUCCUGAUCCCGAAGCACUACAGCCUCUGGCUGCACCCCAACCUGACCACCGGCGAACUGAGAGGCGAAGUAUCAAUCGACUUCAAAGUGGACCGGGACACCACAUUCGUGGUCCUGAACGUGAGAGACAUGAACGUCACAGAGCGGGCGCUGUUCAAGACUGGGGGCUCUUUGGGGCCCAAGGUCGCUAAAGUACUAGAUUAUCCGCCCGCUGAACAAACUUAUAUUGAGUUCAAGGAGAAACUCCGUCGUAAGUUCAACUACACGCUCAGCCUCCGCUUCAUCACUAAACUGGAGAGAAAUGACAAGCAGCGCGGAUUCUUCUUGGCUGGCAACAAUAGGCAUCGCUGCGCCGUGUCCCGAUUCUGGUUGACGCACGCGCGCUCCGCGUUCCCGUGCCUCGACGAGCCGCAUCUACGAGCCACGUUCCGACUCACAAUCGUCAGAGACAGAUUCCACGUAUCUCUGACGAACAUGCCAAUAGUGGCGACGGAAGAAGCCGGAUUCUAUUUAGGACAUCGUUUGCUCCAAGAUGAGUUCGCGCAGUCCCCCCCGAUGCCCCCGCACAUGACGUCGGUGGCGGUGUGCCGCCUGCAGCGCCGCGCGCAGCCCCCCCUCCCCACCGACGCACCCGAACCCACCCCUUCUACGGACCUAGCUACCUCUAGUACCGAGACCCCUGAUGAGGAAGAUUUCCCCCGCCUCCUCACCGAGGCACCUGAACCCACCCCUUCUACGGACCUAGCUACCUCUAGUACCGAGACCCCUGAUGAGGAAGAUUUCGUGAUGCCUCCGCCGGAAAUUAGUCUUUACAGCGAUCAGCAAGUCAUCUUGGACGAAGCAGGACCUCUGCUAGAAUGGGUGCAGAAAACUAUCCAACAGUUUGCCUACGAGCUGAACACGUCCUACCCCCUCCCCAAGCUGGACGUGGUUGUGGUGGAGGGGGGAGGGGUGUACUCCGAGGGGUGGGGGCUCAUCACACUGUCUCCGAGCACCCUUACUGAUACGAAGACCAUAGCGCGUCUGCUGGCGCAACAGUGGUUCGGCGGGCUGGUCUCCCCCCGCUGGUGGAGCGCGCAGUGGCUGAUGGAGGCGCUCACGUCCGUGCUCGGGCAGAAGGCCCCGGCCUUCGAGGGCGGCGCCGAGCGGCAGCAAGACAGCCUGCUGCUGGAUCACGUGCUGCCGGCUCUAAGGUUGGACUCGAGUACGUCGGUGCGUGCUGUGGCGUCCCCGCGGCUCGAGCGUGCCGACAUUGAGUCCGCUGCCGACGAGCUGUCUUUGCAUAAGGGAGCGGCGAUAGUAAGCAUGGCGAUCGAGGCAGCAGGCGAGGCGGCGGGCCGCGCCGCGCUAGCCAGGUUGCUCAGGGACCAUCGCAGCGCCAGUGCUGACGCCAGGGACCUGUGGCGCGCCCUGCAGCGGCCCGGGGCCGGCGGGGCUCCGCCGCACGCGUGGGACGGCUGGUGCGAGAAGGCCGGCUACCCGCUCCUGGCGGCUGUCAACACGGCCACGGGCGACGUGCUGCUUAAGCAGGAACGUUUCGUGAUGACAGCGGACCCCCCGGACCCCGAGCCGUCCAUGAUCAACUCCCUCCUGACCCUGGACCUGAGGGCUGACCUUGAGGAACUCUUCUAUGAACCAGAGAACUUCACGGACACGGUGGAAGAUGAUAACGCGACCACCACCGCCCCCCCUCCCCCCACCACCCGCCGCCCCGCGCCCCGCCCCGCCAAGCCCCCCCCGGCCCCCAAGUGGGUCAUCCCCGUCACCUUCUCUGUGGGGCCCCUGGAGCCGGGGUUCGAGAACUACACCAACAUCGGCAGGAAUAUCACGGAUAGCGUGCUGCAGAAUGGGACUUGGUAUGACGUGGGCAACGAAACGAAGUUAACCCACGGCUCGCGCUGGGCGGAGAACGUCACACAUUUAAUAUGGAUGAAUGAAACUGAAAUGUUGGUACCAGAUUUGGGCAAGCACAAGUGGGUGCGAUACAAUGUGGGAGCGAGAGGGCUAUACCGAGUCGCGCCACAGAAUCCUUCCGCUGGAGAGACGGCGGAGGCGGCGGCCGGCCGCGCGUCUGCGCUGUACCUGGGCGGCGCGCCGGCCGAGCGCGCGCUGCUGUUGGACGACGCUUUCGUGCUGAGCCGCGCGCGCCGCCUGCCCGCCUGUCGCGCCGUCGCGGCCGCAGCCCGCUUAAAUAAGGAGACCCACUGGGCCCCGUGGCGUGUGGUCCUCAACCACUUAUCCUGGUGGAAAGAGCUGCUUCAUCUAACUUCGUCAGGCCCGCCUCUAGCCAAGCUGCUGGUCACCCUACACCCGGAUACGGUGACCAUAUACACCAGCCAGGAGAUGGAGACGCUGAAUGAAGACCAAUUAUGGCUGAGCGGCGCGCUGCUCACAGCCGGUGUGGAAUGGGAAAACGAGCGGGUGACGAAGCAGGCGGUACGCCUGUUCGAUUCCUGGCGCAGCGCCAACAAGACCAUACCGGAGAUAUACCAGGAGGCUGCCUUCACAGCGGGCGUGCGCACAUACGGCCUCGUCGGCUGGCAGACCUGCUGGAAGGCACUAACAGCAUCCUACGCGGCCCCGCGUCCUUUAUAUAGCCACCGCGCGCUGCUAGCCGCGCUAGCGUCGCCGAAGGACGACUGGUUGUUCUACAGAUUUGCGUUCACCGCGCUGUCACCAGAGGCGCAACGUGGCCGUGAGUGGAAGCAAUGGAUCACAGCACUCUGCGCAGCCGCUUGCAGAUGGCGCGGCGCGGCUCACACGUGGCGCGUGCUGCGCGCUGCGCCCGCGCCGCCGCCGCCCGCGCUUCUCGCCGCCGCGCGCUGCCUGCACCAACCACACGACUAUUACCGGUUCAAAGAUCUAUUCGGCGAGCUAAGGGGAGCGGUGGGCGCGUUGGACACCAUAGCUUUAAACGCAGCAUGGGUAGCUCUAGCCGACACGGACCUGCAGCGGUAUUUCACCGCUGUCAAACCGUAG